CACGCAUGACAUCUGACGUCCGCAAGCCGCAUUUGGGAGCACAUGGCCGAACUGUAGGUCACAUCUCUUCUUUUCUUCCACAGAUGUGUUCUUCUUAAAAGCAUUUUUCUUUCAUCAUUCGGUAUAUAAUGAUCUAAACAAGUCUUUCUAAUAUAAAACUGUCAAAAUGGGUAUCAAAUAUUUGCAAGAAUACAUAGAAACGCACUGUUCAAGUGCAUGUGUCUCCGUGGAUUUGCUGAAAAUUGCAAAAGGUUUUGUUCCGAAAAGGCGUGGCCGAUAUGCCGGAUCUGGUCGAUUCUGCUUAGUUGUAGAUGCAGAGAGUUGUCUUGAUCGCCUUUACGGCGGCUUCUACUCUGACUGGGUCUGUGGGGGGCAAUGGAACCGAGUGACAGCGUUCCUGAACAGCCUUGUACAGGCCUGUCAGUCGGCCAACAUGGAACUGGUUGUGUUUUUCAAUGGUGCAUUGGAGAGUCAGAAAAUUGCAGAGUGGUUCAGCGAUCAAGUCAGCCAGAAGAACAAAGUUGAAUCUGUUUUUAGACAUGUUGACCGCCAAGGGAAACCUCCCCCAAAGGUGUGGUGGACCCCACCAGUGUUUUUGACAGGCACGCUUAGAAUGGCCCUCCGGGAGCUGGGAGUGGGCGUUGCCUGUUCCAUGGAUGAUCAUGCACAGGAGGUCAUUGGCUACUGCAGAGAACAUGGACUUCAAGGCAUCAUUGCACAGAAUGCUGUCUAUACAAUAUUUGACCCACCCCGCUACUUUUCAUCACACAAUUUGAAGUUGACAUACAAAGGUUCCCUAGAAACCAAAGAAUACAUAAUGGAUGAGAUUGCCAAAUGCCUUGACCUGAACCCUAACAGAUUCUGCAUCUUUGCAGCAAUGCUAGGAAAUCACAUACUCCCAGAUGAAGACCUUUAUGACUUCUACAGAGAACAAAUUGCAAGACAGAACCAAGAAUCUGGCAAGACUGUGAAGCUUAAUCCAGAAUCGGCCAUAAAAUGUGCAGUGGAUUUUGUAAGGAGCUUGCCAACUGUAGACAACCUGGAUAGUAUUGGGGAAAUGAUCUUCAGAAACUACAAGUCAAACAAGCGUGAACUGAUUGCCAAAUUUAGACAGUGUGUGCAGUAUUAUCUAAAUGGAACGCAAGAUGGUUUCCUCAAGUACAGGCCUCACAUGAUGCCAGGGGGUGGUCCCCAAGGAAAUUACUCGAUGCACUUUAUGCAGAACAGACAACAGUCAAAUGGAUCUGGAUUUGCUGGAGAUGCAAGUGGACCAGCCCCCCAGAUCGUUGUAGAUCCACCAACACAGAACCCUGCCGUCGGCAACUUUGUUGCUCCAACAGGAGACGGUAAACAAGAGAUGUUGGUGGCCAUCUCGUCAUCGUCCUCGUCCAGCAGUGGAUCCAGUCCCAACAGAAACAGUCCAGAGGCAAGCUGGGGCAUGAAAUUCUCCUCGCAGCAGAUGUCCUCCAACAUUAAGCCACCAGCCAAAGGACAGGAGCCCGAUUCUAAACUCCCUAAGAUUUCACCUGAGAUUAUGCGAAUUGCUAGUGAGCGUCACCAGAAGGGGCUGAUGACACCAUGGGUAUACCAACUAUUGUCACAGGGAGAGGUGAAAUUCCCUGUAGCCCUUGAGGACGAACGAGACCGGGAACUCCCCACUGCCAUUGAACUCUAUCGACCAGUCCGUCAAACUGUCUACUCGGUGCUUUUCAACCUCAACAAACUAAAAAUUGACAACGAGAAACAGAACAAAGGUGAACUAGGCCCCAAGGCCUUUGAAGUACCGGUGAAAGAGUGGAUUGUGCGUCGUGGUGCCAAUAGACCAUCAUUUGAAUUGGUUGUCGCUGCCCCUGUAGACUGGAAAACGCCUAGCAUUGAGCGAAUGUGGCUGGGGACGAAAGUGGAUGACAAGUCGCGACGUAUCCGUGCUUUCCUAACCUGUAUGCUCAGUGCCAACAAACUGAUGAUCAACACCCAGUAUGUUCCUCAGCAGCUUCUGUUGCUCUGCUGUGUGCUCAGAUACAUUUUACAAUAUGGCAAGGUGCUAAGAAAACAGGAGUUAGAUGCUUUUCUUGCUAUGGCUGUAUCCCCUCGCCUGCAUGAUGUUCAGACCAUGCAGGACCUUAUGUUGCCAAGUGUUUCUCACCGCGGGGUUCAGCUGGCUGCCCUGUUCAUGUCUGGUGUGGAAACUGCUGUUUUUGCCAAUGAUGUAUGUGGAUCACCUAUACCCUGGAAUGUUUGCGCACCCUGGCAUUUCUUUGAUGGCAAGCUCUUCCACUACAAGUUACUUAAGGCCAACGAAAACUUGCCUUUGAUAGACAUCUGUGAUGGGCAGAUUGAUCAGGUUAGGCAGGUUGAAAGGAUGCGCCAGGCCAUCAUGGAGGACUUGAAUGUAGAAUUCCCCCGCCCACACCUAUCCACCGCCGCGCUGUAUUCACAGUACCCACAGGGCCCAUACCAGCCGUUUGGCUACCAGUCAGGAGGGCAUGGCCAAGGAAUACUUCCCCAUCCUUUCCAAAGGGGUAUGCGACCACCAGCUCCGGGCAUUCCUGCUGGCAUGGGUGUGCCUCAGGCACCCCCAAAGCCACCAGGCAGAGGCCGUGGAAUUCUAGGACUCCAAAAUAAUGGCCGUUCUCCUGUUGAUACUCGUGGGGGACAGUUAGAGAUAGCUGGAGUGGUUGUUGGAAGUUGGGGAGCAAACCUGUCCGGUGGCCGGGGUAACAGUGGCAGUGGUGGUGGCGGCAGCAAUCGUGGAGGACGCGGCAUGGGCCAGAGGGUCAUGGCUGUUGGAAACCAGCGCAGAGGCUACCCCAAUGGUGGGAUGGGCAUGCGCAAUGACUUCAACAUGAGAGGAGCUCCAAUGGGAAUGCGCGGCGGAAUGGGCAUGCGCGGAGGAAUGGGAAUGCGAGGUGGAAUGGGGAUGAGAGGUGGCAUGGGGAUGAGAGGUGGCAUGGGGAUGCGAGGUGGAAUGGGCAUGCGCCUUGGAAUGGGCAUGCGAUCACCGAUGGGCCUGGGAGGACGAGGUACUGGUAUGAUGUAUCGUGGAGGAGCAGGAAUGAGCAGGCCUUUCAGGGGACGAAUGGGGCCAGCAUUCUAUGGAGUGAGUCGAGGGAUGAGAUUACCGGAGCGUGGGUAUAGCAGAGGGCGAGGUGUUGUUAGAGGCGUAAGACGUCCACAAGUUCAAGUUCGCCCAAGGCCAUCCAAACCAAAGUCAGGAAAGAGCUCUGGAGGCAAGGGUCGUGGAACCACAGUUGAAGCUAUAAGCGGGAAAAGUGAUGCAAUUGUGAAUGGCGAUGAGGAAGAGGAGGAGGAGGAAGAAGAAGAUGAUGAUGACACUGAAGAACAAUCUGGAGAAAUGUUUGCAGAUGCAGAAGAAGGCAAUAUUUCCCCAAUCGGAAAGGGAAUAAUUCAAGACGGCAUUCACAGCCCUGACAGCGGUAUCCAUGGAGAUAAGUCUGUCACUGAUGUCACUGCCUAGACCACCUACAGAAUUAACCUGGCCUCCCUAUACAAAACAUGAGACUCUUCCUGUUUUAUUCUUAAUGGAGGUGGUGUUGCUAUGAUACUAUUUAAAUCCAGCAAAAGCUUUAUAAGGAACACAUUUGUUAUUGUCUUUCCAAAAGACGACACAGCAAUGCCACUUCCAGCAAGCAUGGUGCCGGGUAGGUUGACUCCAAUCUCUAAUAUAUUUUUCAGUUUUUCUAUUGUUUUUGUUACUAUUUUUCUCUUUAUACAUUGUUUAUACAGAUUGGCCAACCUACCCCCAAAUAUUUUGGAUGCAGUAGAGGACACCACAAGGAUAAACUUCCCGUGGUGUCCUGCCUUGCUGCUUCUCUGUUCUCCCUCUUGAGAGCCCUCAUCAGGCGUGUCUGCCGAGAUGGACCAGUAGAUUGCCUGAUAGUUGCCUGGUGUACAUACUGACUCAAGGGAUGGCUUUUAUCUCUGUUUGUUACUGCACAUAUGUAUUGCCAUGCCAGGGGCUCUGGUGGGGAGAACCACCUAAUUUUGGAAAACCUAAAAUCACGAAGAACAAACUAGAAAAUUUACUCGAUAUCUAAAUGAUUUCAGCUUCUCCAAUUUCAGGAUUUAUUGUUGAAUUUCAUGGUAUUUCACCACUUUUGUGGUGCAAGUGCCUCGUUGCAUUUAUAUUUUGUCUGGCUGUCUUUUGACGCCGGUCCAUAAGUUUGUCGAAGUUGUCUGAUAGCGAUUGCCAGAUGGUUGCAGACGAACAGACAGACCAAUGGAAAGUCUGAACAUGUAAGAAGGACACUGCAACAGGGAAACAAGCAGCUGAAUGUGUGUCAAGUCAUGGUUACAAUGGAGAAGAAGUGGAUUAUUAUUUUUGAAUGCAUUUUAUACAGAGAAAAGUAUUAUUUUUGUACAUUUCAUAUUUGUUUUUUGUACAACAUGGACAGUGAGAGUUUUCUUGUGGAACAAAUUGAGAGUAAAAGGAGUAUAAGAUCAUGUCAACUUAAAAUUGGGCUCAUUCAAAUUAAGAAGGAUGUUUUCGGCCUAUAUGGCUCUGAUCAGUCUCUGCUAGUCGUUAUUUCUUGCUUUAUUGUUGCAAGAUUAAACAGACAUGUUGUCGGCCUCGGUAAAUAAAAACUUAAAUUUGAGGGAAGGGGGGUGUAAACGGAUGUAUUUAGUAAAGAUAGGGAAUAAAAAUGUUUAAUCCAAUGAAAGAAUACUGAUUCUGUCAUUGCUAUAGAUACACAAGUGGUGACGCGGUAAGGCAUGGUUGCUCCCAAAGCUACCUAUAUAAUACCGCUGUGAGGUACUCACGGCCUACUUGUAUACUGACAUGGUUAAAAAAAAAAUAUUUUGGGGAAAAUGUUUUAUGAGGAAUAACUGACAAUUGUCUAUUUAAUCUUGCCGUAACAUUUGUCUGUGCUAUUGUCACAAUGUGUUGUAAGUUGUGUAUCCAUUAUCCAGCUUGAUGUUCGAUUUCCCAAUCUUUGUAACCAUGCUGCCCACCCUUAAACAAAAGUCGAAAAAAAAAUACAUUUAUAAACACUUCAAAUUUCAGUUUUCAUAUUCUGACUUCUAGGGUCACAAUGUGACACUUCGGUAUAUCUUUAACAGAUGCAUGUAUGCAAUCUUGCAGUGCUUUUAUGUUUUAAGUGCUUUGUAACAUUAAGAGCUCCAAACCCAUCCAAUUUCCGGAUGUAGCUGUUCAGCACUAGUUGAUUGUUGACACUCAUAAUUUCCCUUAAUGUAUAAUUAACUUAAAUUAUACAUAUAACCAAACUUUUCCUUCCUUUUUUCUCAGAAUAAGAAAUGCGAAAAAUAUCCGUUUGCUAUGAAUGUAGAGAUCCUUUCCUUUACAACUGUGAUAUUUGGUGUAAUUGAGUUAUAUAUUUUUUGUACUUUUGUAAAUGUGUGAAGUGAUUGGUCAUUGUCAAAAGGUUAGAAAUGUAACAAGCUAUGGUCGAAACCCCACGUAAAAACAUCCUCACCUAGCUGUUAGUUAUUAUAGUAUGUACUCCAGAACGUACUGGGAUUGGGAUAUGGGGUGGAUUUUAAGUUGCCAGGAACUCAUAAAAAACAUUCAGACUAGCUUGGUUUGCCUGUUACCAGUUGAACUACAAGACAGAUUCGUGUAAGGAAUGUAUAAGGAAAUAUUGUUCACUUAAAUAUAAUGAAUAAAAAAUGUUUUCAGAGACAUAUUAUUGAACCCUCCCUCCCCUCAGGUAGGCUGUCGGGCAGACUAUCCCCCUAGGUAGCUAGUCUGACGAACUAAACCUCCAGAAAUCUAUAUAGAUGUCAGGGGAAGUAGGCUGUUCAUCAUAGGAAUGGCAAUUGAUACUUUAAUGUAACCAAACUAAAGCCAUUUUAUAGAAUUGACGAUUAAAGAAUAUUGAUACCAUUUCUGCCAAGAACAAAAGACCAGCCUGAGAAUAUCUUGUAGGUAGGAAUUAAAAAAAACUUGACAUGAACAUACAUUUGAAUGUCAUGUGAAGGUCUUCUCGGUAAAGAAAAAUAAAUUCUUAUGAACAUUGAUUUGAACGUUAUGAAAGGUCAACUCGAGAAAAAGCUAUAGGUCACUACUGGGUGUUAAACGAGAUGAUUUUCAGACACCCUUUCGACAAAAAUCUUAAUUAUUGGACCGACUCAUUGGGUCAGGACCAGCCUAGAUGACACAGAGAAACAAACUAAAUGAUACCUCUUAAGUAAAAUUGAAGUGUUUGACUUAAUUGUUCAAAAAGUUUCCAACUUGAAUGGUUAAAAUGUAUAUGUUUAUAUGUUGCUAUAUUACAUAUACAUGGACUUAUAGAGGUAGGAGUCAGACUCUAUUUAUGACAAUAUGAUGAAGAAAAGAAAGCCAAAACAGCAGGUUCCAGUAGGACAAAGAGACCAGUGUGAAGCAAGUUGGUUUGCUGUUUAAUUCACAAACGACAACAAAGCCAGGCUGAUCACAUGGUCUUUUAUUUUGGCUCAUGAGUCGACAAAAUGGAAGACUCCUCUAGAUGGAGCUAAUGACUUGGAAAACGAGUCUUGUAAAAAAUUUAUAUAGGGACACUUUUUGAAACAAAAAGAAAAUGGAAAAUCAUUUGUCCCAUAUGAUUGAUUGUAAUGUUUUAAUUUUUUCUUAUUAUUCUUAUUAAAUAGAAUUAAAUGAAAUUAUACACAUAUUAUCAGACUGUAUUAAAAUGCUAUUAUUAACUGUGGUGAAUUAGAUCAAUUUAGUAGUAAUUGUGAAAAAUGCUUGUACUGCAUAUACAUUUUAAUGUAAGAAGCUGGUAAUUUGGAGCACAAAUCCGAUUGGGGGGGACUAUAACCUAAAAAUAAAUAUAACUGGUAGAAAUGGGAUCGUCAUACAUCUGGUAGAUAUUAAGGAAUAUUUUCCAAUUAGAAGUAAAUGUGUCUAUUUUUAUAUUUGAAUCAGGAUCAUGAUAAAAUUCUCUUUAUGAUUUUUUUACGAAAACAGGGGCUCUCAAUUACUUGCUUCACUAAAUAUAUAAAUACAAUUUCGUUUGUGUGUUGAAACUGAAUAGCCUUUGAAGCUUGCUUUGUUUUUUAAUCCAAUUGAGAUGUUAAGGAAACGUUACGACGUCAUUGCACAGUUUAAUCCCUAUAACAUAUAGGUUGUAAACAGAAUUUUCUGUCACUUAGUCAAUAUUUACUUUUUACUUUAACCUUUAUAUUCACCUCCACUUUUCAUUAAAUUAUCCAUGGUUGUUUCCUAUUGCCCCAGAUUUGAAAAUAUGAAUGUUUCAAAUUUCAUCUCUUGAGAGUGGCUUUUGUGGUUCAACCUUGUGAGUUAUAAUCAACUUGAAUGAAAUUUUUCCGGCUUCGGAGGCCAUUUUACGUUAGGUACUAAAAACUUGCAUGGGAAUUUGCUUGACAUGGUGAAGUUUUCUAACAUAGACAAUUUAUUUAUAGAGAGAAAAAAAUGAACAAAAAAACAAAUGUUACAGUCUAAAACAAUGUUGACAUGUUUCCUUUAUAUAUAUAUGGGUGCAUUAUUAUAAAUAGUUCAAAGGAUGAUUUUUAAGACAUUGUUUUUUCUGCUUCUAGCACAAUAAGUCCAGAAAUUGCUUGCAUCUUAUCGUACUUAUAGUUAUCGACAAUGUUUAUAAAUAGUGUAAUUCUUGUUUUUUCCGAAGGCUCACUAAAUGGCCUUUUUACUAUGUAUGAAUACAUUUUGACUAAUUUUUUCAGCAUGUUAGAUAGAAAAGACAAUUCUGGAGAUGUAACCCUGUAAUAGACAUGUAUUAUAGAUAAAAGUGUAUCCCUGUUGAUCAACAAGACUGUGGCAACAUGUUCACCACAGGGCAAGCCUAACUUCAUAAGCUGAUAGGGUUAUUGUAAUGAAACAGGUUAUCACUGGUUAUAUAUAGAAGCCAUACAAUAUGGGGAAUAUUUUGGGUAUACUACAGAAUGUUAAGUAAGAUGGUUUCCACUUCUGCCCCUGGCGGUUUCCUGAUUUGUGGAGGAACGUCGACAGUGAGGCUGUUGGUGAAUAGCCCAGGCAUUAUUGACAAUGGUAUGGACUGUCAUGUUUUUUUCAAGUAAAUGUUGUUUUUGUG